GCUCUGCGGGGCCUCCGGGGCCUCGGGAGCCGCAUGGAGACCUCUCGGGGCCUCUGGGGCCCUCCUUUUGAGGCCUCGGGAGACACUGCCGCCGGUCGUCGCCCCGGAGGCCCGCAUCCAGCAGCUCUCCCGCGAGCUGGACACCAAGCGGCGGCGGCAGGCGGACGCCAUCGGCCCGAGGGACGCGCAGGCGGCCCUGGAGGCCGAGCUCGCGCGCCAGGAGGAGAUCAAUCGCAAGGUGGCGUCGCUGAAGCAGGCCGAGGAGCUGCUCAGCGGCGCGCUCAGGCUCGAGGACGAGCGCACCAGGUCGCUGGAGGAGCUGCUCCCGAACGUGGAGGAGACGCAGAUGCGGGAGCAUGUGGAGGACGAGGAGGUGCCGCCGGAUGCGACCGCGCCAGGCGCCAUAGAGGCGGGCCCUCGGCGCCCUCCGAGGCGUGGGGGGGGCCCCCUCCGGUCAAGAACACCUUCAUCCACUUCUCCGAGGACUACUACCCCAUGCCCCCGGAGGCCCUCGUGCGACUGAAGACCGCUCCGGCGCUCCUCAGCUUCCAGGAGCACAGCGCCGCGCCGGGCGGCGCAUCGCCGCCGUCCUUCGAGCCGCCGCCGCGCGGUGCCGCCGCGCAGGCGGACGACGCAGGGUCGGUCCCGCCGCCCUGGGCGCUGAAGCGCACCACCUCGGUCCAGAGCAACGCCUCGGCUGGCCGCUCACGGGCGGCCUCCGCCGCCGCCCCGUGCGGCUGGGAGGACGGCGCGGACCACGCGGGAGCCCCUGGCAAGCCGGGGCCGCUGGUGCGCGGCUCCUCCGCGGAGGUGUCCCGCCAGCUGCUGGAGGAGAAGAUGGGCGGCCCCGCCGCCGCCGCCGCGGGCUCGGAGCCCUCGAGCCCGCGGGCCCUGGCGGCCGCGGCCGACAUCCGGGGCCUGGCGCCGCGCGCGCCGCUGUGGCGGCGGGAGGUGCGGCUGAAGAACCUGCCGGUGCUCCCAGAGGCGGAGCUCAGGACCCUCGUCCUCGCCGAGCUGGAGCGGGUCUGGCGCACCGCGCGCGCCGCCGGCCUGCCCGCGGUGGACGAGCUGCGCCUGGGCGCCGAGGGCGGGCGACACCCCGGCGGCGCCGGGGACGCGCCCGCGUCGUGGGCGCAGGCGGCGCAGCGGGCGGCCGGCACGGAGGCCACGGUCGUCUUCGCCGACGCGGACGACGCGUCGUGGCUUGUGGACGGGCGGGCGGGCUCCUCGUGGGCCGGCCCGGAGAACCUGACGCUGCGCGGGCGCCCCGUGCAGGUGGAGUGGGCGUCCGGGGCGGGCGCGGAGACGGACUGGCGGAAGCUGGCGUACAAGGCGGGCACGGACGCGUCGUCGCACGUCUCCUACGGCUCCGAGGGCACGCGGCGUUCGUGCAGCGGCGCCGUCGCCCGGAAGGCGGCGGAGCAGCUGGCGAGGCGCGCGGCGGAGGGUGGGCAGGCGGCCGCGCCGCCCGCGGCCGCAGACCGCAAGAACCGCACCGUCAUGCUGGAGGGCCUGCCAAGGUCGCUGCCCAUCCACCACGUGGUCGACGAGGUCUCCGCCCAGCUGCGGCAGCUGUGGACCCGCGACGGCUACAGCGCCCCCGAGCUCCACGGGCAGGGCGGCAUCGUCGUCAAGAAGCCGUUGCAGGGGAGCCGGGACGAGAACGGCGGGUCCUGCCUCGUGCGCUUUCUGUGGCCCGCCCACGCCCGAUGGCUGGUCGAGCAGAAGAAGAUCAAGAUCAAGGUCGGGGCCCAAGACAUUCAGCUCAGGGCAUGCUGGGCGAAGCCGCGCGAGGUGUAGAAGUGAGGCUCGUGAGGCUCACCGCUGGCGGGAUGUGGAGGCGUGGAGGUGUGAGGACGGGGCGGGCGCGGCACGAGGAGGGUGGAGGAGGCUCUCUCGCGUGCCGCCGCCGCCGCCCCCAAGCUGCGCGGCACGCCGCGCACCUCGCGCGUGCAGUCGCCACCCUUUCAGCGCGUCCUGCGGGGGCCGUCGCCACGGCGUCGGCGGCGUGCGCAGUGCCCGCCGCGGCCGCGGCGGCGGUGUGCGCGCACCGCGAGGCCCUGACGUUUGCCCUGACGUUCACCUCGCCCCUCGGGCACUGCCGGCAGAGCA